GACAAGACAAGUAGGUUAGUCAGUCUAGCGCGAUUCGAGCAGGACCCUCGCACUUUAGUCGCUGCUGAAAGACCCGCGCCUCGCGAUCCACUCGCAUGUGCAGCAGCAUGACUCCGGCGAGAGGCGGGUCGUUUGCUCUUCUUUCCCUGGUCGUGAUCUCGUACUUCCAGCCCCUUCUGUCCAGUCCUCAGUGUCAACACUAUGGGGGAUGCCGCGACGAAUACCGCUUCCUUCCUGUUCCUCCCGGGAAGACGCCCUAUUGCGCGAAACCCGGAGAAACGUUUUGCGAGAAGAUUGAAAAUUACCCUGUACAGCUGAUUCGUUAUUUGGCGGAAAAAUGGAAAUUUGACCACAAGACACUCUUGCUGGAUGAGAGCAGAGAAGGCUUUGCUGCAAGAUGGACGCCAAAACCAUACGGUCCUUCAGCUCCUUCGUACAGCUACAGCCCACCACCGUCACCCUCUUACAACAAGGUCAUCCCUACUUAUUACCCACAAAACAGAAAUACCUUCAACUCAACUUAUGGCAGGGGAUUCCCUAGCUCUAGCCUGAGACCACCGCAGCCUUCAACACCCUACUACCCAGCCUCAUACUUCAGUUCCUUGCUUCCGAACCAAUACACACCUACAGAUAAUUGGUGGAAUAGAUAUUCAAGAUCUGUGGCAGGAAAACAGCAGAAAAGAAGGAAAAGACAAGCAGGACCCACAGCUUUGUGCGCAACAACCUCCAGAUUUGUUGGGCCUCAGGCGGGCAUGAGCAACACAGGAAUUUGGAAAUACUUGGUCAACGUCGACGGACUUUCGCAGGAAAUUGAAACUGUCCAGUGCAGGUCUGAGGGCAGCUCGUGCAACGGCCUGUGUUCUCUUCCGAACGGAUACACCUCACGUUGUCAGCAGCAAUAUGUGCAGAAAAGAUUGCUCUCCCUCGAUGGAUCAGGAAAUCAACUUGCGACGGAUGUCUUUUGGUUCCCUCAUUGCUGCACCUGCAAUAUAAUCCCCAAUUAGUGCACAAAUUUUACAAUUAGAAUUUCGUCAAUGAAGAAACUAAUUUAAAUUUAUAAUUAGUAAUUUAGAGUGGUUCGCCUAAAUUUUAUAAAGCACAAAACAGCUGCUAUUUUAUAUUUUGUUGUGUACAUGUUAAAAUUAGGCUACUUUAAUCUUGUUGUUUUUUCUCUGACCGCUAUAAUGACCAAGAGUGAAUUUUUAUUUAAUAAAAUCCAUGUAAAAAAAACUCAAUAGCGUCGGGCAAAUAAUGCUAAUUUAAAUUUAUUUCUCGAAAACGUCACAAAUACUAGCAUCAGUUCUUUAGUGCAAUAUUAGAAACAGCCAUUGUUACGAUAGCAGCAUUUUAGUUUUACUGUACAUAAUAAUUUGUAGCUUUUUAUUUUUUUUUGUUCAUAAAAAAUUAAAAAGACCCAAAAAUGUAUUAAAAGGUUAUAUUUUUGCCUCAUUCUUGUAAAGAAGAUUUUUUAGUUAUACAUGAUUACUGAAUAUACUAAAGUUAAAUUAUCUUGAUUAUUUUUAGAUACUUUAAUCAAUAUAAAUGAUUGGUGAGCUUGAUUUACUUUCCCUCUCUCACAAGCUUAAGAAGAUUAGUAUAACUUUCUUGCUGUAGAUGGCACGAGACGCGGCGGAUGCAGAAAGUGAAAAUGCGAGUAGGCAACUCGCGUUGCAGGUAUGCGUGGCAAGUUGCAUAACGCCACGUUCCUUCCAUUUUGCAUCGACCAAUUUGCCUUUUCAAUCUUUUCAUGAAUUGAGUAGUCUCGGUACUUCUAUAAUCUUUUUAAAUAAAAUUUCUGAAAAUUUCAGUGAUACAUCACUGUAAAUAAUAAGUGCAACGUACGAUAUUCUAAAAAUCUUUAAAUUUAUAGAAUCUUCUCAAUUCCCUGCAGGGAAAAGUGAGCGUCAGAAAUUUCCAAUAAAUACAAAAAUUUUUGAAUAAUAUGACACGAAUUUGUUUUCCUGUACUUUCGGUAUAGCUUUUAUCGCUUUCAUUAUUGUUCUUGCGUGCAUGCGUCUGUCUGUCUGCCAUUUCAACCCCUCCUCACCCAAAUACAUUUCGGCUGGAUCGAUACUGCAUCCCAUCAAGUUAAUACAACGC